UUAGGGACCAGGGUCGAGCGUCGACAUCGAUGAUCGAGCAUCGAGCGGUACCAGUAUAGUAACUAACAGCACAAGAGGCGCGCGUGCGUCGGUUUUGCUAACGAUAGUGUGUUAAAGUGAUUUAAAAACCUGUUUUAACUGAUAAAACUUGUGAUUUGUUUGUUUUUCAAAUUUAACACUGCAUAUUUACACUGUAUACAAAGGAUUUAGCUUUAAAACAAUUCAGCUGCUUCACACCAAGAUGAAGCCGAUAUUAAUUUUGCUGGUCGUUGUUUUUUAUAUCGAAGCGGUUUGUGGAAAAAAUUUACACUUGAAACCAGAAGUUGAUGAAGAAAGUAAUAUCAAAGAGACACUUUUAGAUAGCCCUAAAAGUCAAGGAAGACAUCGCCGUCGAACUCGACAGUCUUUCAAUGGUUAUGACUACAAUGAUGAUAUUUAUGGACGUAGACGAGAUGAUUUGCGAAGAGAUUAUUUCAACCCCCGACAAGAAGUAUAUCUAUCUCAGAUAUUGGAUAAAUUGAAUGAAAUUUCAUUUUAUUUGAAGCAAUCACAGUCAAAUCCACCCCCACCACCACCUCCUCCGCAAAUUAUUUACAUACCGUAUCCAGUACUGCAAUGGAACCCAAAUAACUCCACAGGCUUUAUACCUAACUUACCGCCUAGAACCACUUUUGCUGAUAAAAAUCAAAAUUGGGGCUUAGUUCCCGGUAAUCUGGGAUUGGAUAUACAGGGUGAUGGUUCAAGACCUAUUGAUUUGAAGCCUAAAGAAUCUAACGAACCUACCGUUAAACCACCUCCGGUUGACCACGGGACUACUCAGGCUGGGAUGAAAACUAAACCAGCCAUCCAGCUAGGAAACUGUAAAGCUGCUGUACUGGUUUGUUGCCAAGGUAAACCUAGUGUUCAGGACAAAUUGAAAUGCUUCUCAGCAUAUAGUUGCGCGAAGUCGGUUGCAACCAUAGACGCAAACUGUCACCCCAUCGUCAUUGAACAAGUAAUCCGAGAAUUUGCUGAAACGUACGCACCUAUUAAUAGCACGUGAAAGGAUAAAAUCUUCAUCUUCGAGAGCCUCUUCGACUAGCGAAGGUUGGCAGUCAACUUCGUAAAUUCUUCUUUAUUUUUCGGGGCUCUAAAUAAUAGUGCGGCGCUCGCGAUCCUGGUCCACUCUCUGAUGUUCCUCAACCAAGACUUUCUGCUACCAACGCCCCUUUUGCCUUUUUUAAUUAUUAUCCAGAUAUGGAACUUUUCUCUUCUUGACAGUCUGUAAAAGUUCGCGUUUCUGAUUGAUGCGUCGUAGAGCUGUCACAUUAGUGACAUUAUGCGUCCAGCUAAUGGCCAAAUGCGUCUAAAUGCCCACAUCUGGAACGCUCUAAAGUAUGGGCCAGAUUAAUGCAUGCAUAUUAACCUAAUUAUAUUAGUUAGAUGAGUCAGUAUUAUUUACUAUAGUUUAUUUUUAUCCACACUGAUAUUAAAAUAUAUAUUUUUUUUAAUUGUUUGUAGCGUAUAGCUUCCGAAACUACUGAUCCGGUUUUAAAAACCUUCAUCAAUGGAAGCUACGUUAUAAGCAAGUAUUAUUUAUUAUAUUUUAUUUCCGUAUACCUACAGGAAUGGAAACAACGCGGUGAAAAACCGUGAGGGUCCGUUAUGUAAUAUUGCUGUUAGGUACUAUAAGUCUUGAGCUAUUGUAGUCGGAUGCAAUCUUCGAUACGUCUCGGAAAUCAGCUGCGGAUGUCACUAUGCGUAUGUUAUACAUAAGGUAAAGACGCGUGAAGCGACGGCGAGUGGAUGUUAGACGCGCAUAGUGUUGCCCUGCCGCCGACCCCCUACGUUACCGCUGACACCUAAAAUCUUUUAUUGCACAGCUUACUACACACAGCGCACUAUAUACAUAUAUAAAUAUGUAUACAUUUAUGUAUUUUAUUUGUAAAUUCACAAGAUAUUAUUAUCAUCAUCAUCAUCUUUAUCAACCCAUAUUCGGCUCACUGCUGAGCUCGAGUCUCCUCUCAGAAUGAGAGGGGUUAGGCCAAUAGUCCACCACGCUGGCCCAAUGCGGAUUGGCAGACGUCACACAUGCAGUGAAUUAAGAACAUUCUCUGGUAUGCCGGUUUCCUCACGAUGUUUUCCUUCACCGUUUUUUGAAACACGUGAUAUUUAAUUUCUUAAAAUGCACACAACUGAAAAGUUGGAGGUGCAUGCCCGGACCGGAUUCGAACCCACGCCCUCCGGAAUCGGAGGCAGAGGUCAUAUCCACUGGGCUAUCACGGCUUGAUAUUAUUAUGCAUAUAACCUUAUAAUAUCUUGUGAAUUUUUAAUUUAAGUUUAUGAUUACGAGAUUUAUUGUCAUACUUUAAUUGAAGAAGAAUGAUUUUGUCAUAUAACGCAUUUAUUGUAGAUACGUGUAUUUUGGUACUCGGUAGGUAGGUACUUAAUUAAAUAACAAAUUUUAUAUUACUCUUAAAUGUACCGUACUUAUAUUAUACUAAUGGCAGCUAUUUUAUUAAUGUUCCUAGUCUAGUAUAUAUUUUUUAUUGUUUUAGGCACUAUUUUAAGUAGAUAUGUAAUAUUUUACAUUAAUAAAGAUUGAAACUACUUA